AUGAAGGUUUGUCAGAUUUAUAUAUUUUUUCCGAAAUACACAGAAAGCGUGGAUGCACUUGCAUACCUAUACACAUACACAAGUAUACACAGAUGCUCAUUGUACAUCAAGUAUAAUCAACAAUUUGAUACAUCUUGUUGCAGCAUGUUAUUCUAUCCUGUCCCAAGAUUGGUGAGCCCAUGCGUCUCAAGAGUUCUUCAACCUUCUUUUAGAGCCAUGUCUUCGUCGCCGGAGGUCACCUUCAAAGUCGUCAAAGAUGCCGGGAUCAUCACCUUGAAUCGACCGAAAGUCCUCAAUGCCCUGACUUUUCCCAUGAUCCGGCUUAUCUACCCUCAGCUGAAGCAGUGGCAAGACCAAUUGAAAAUGGUCAUCAUUGAGGGAUCCGGAGAAAAGGCAUUUUGCGCGGGUGGCGACAUCCGAGCCAUCACCAGCAUUAGAGGUUCCGAGGAUCAAACGGCCUUCUUCAAGGAAGAAUACGUUCUCAACAACCUUAUUGGCUCCUUCAAAAUCCCCUACAUCGCCCUCAUCGACGGCAUCACAAUGGGAGGCGGGGUGGGCUUGUCAGUACAUGGAAAAUAUCGCAUUGCCUCAGAGCGCACCAUGUUUGCUAUGCCGGAAACCGGGAUCGGCCUCAUUCCCGAUGUGGGCGGGGGCUACUUCCUACCACGUCUUCCAGGAGAGUUGGGCAUGUAUCUAGCUCUAAUGGGCCAUCGUCUCAAGGGAGCCGAUUGUGUUCACGCGGGUGUAGCCACACAUGGUUGUGAAAGUGGCCAAUUUCCACAACUGAAAGAGGACCUGCUCAACGUAAAGGACACACAAGAGAUCAAUGCGAUUUUAGAGAAAUACUCAAAGGCAUUUAUGUCCCAACAAACGGCGUUUUCGUUGGAAUCCAAGCUGGAUGCUAUCAACGAAUGCUUUUCAUCCCGAGAGGGCGUAUUAGACAUCGUAAAGAGGCUCGAGGCCUUUCAAAGCGACCCGGAGUGGGCCCAAAAAGAACUGAAGACCCUGGGUCGUUUGUCACCCACCUCGUUGGCAGUCACGUUCAGGCAAAUGCGGACCGGAGGCAAAUUAAAAACGCUGGGCGAGGUUUUGGAGAUGGAAUAUCGUUUGGUCUGUCGCUGCUGUGAGGAUCACGAUUUCUAUGAGGGAGUUCGGGCACUUCUCGUCGACAAAGACAACGCCCCUCAAUGGCAACCCAAGUCAAUAUCCGAGGUCACAACUGAGCGAGUAGACCAUUAUUUCUCUCCCUUGGGUGGUAAGAGAGAUUUGAAAUUGGGUCCAACCCCCAAAAUGUAAUCUUUUGCAUUGCUAGAACGAAACUAUGAGACCUAAGCAGAGAAAUAGACAAAUCCUUAGCUUUUUCUUCA